AUGAUAAAAUUAAUUCUAAUUUUAUCAAUUUUUUUAUGUUGCAUACAUUCCGUAGUCUGUCAAUCCUACAGGGUCGGGAGUAGUGUGGCUGACAUCACAGGGCUUGUCACUGAAGGGCUUUUGUACGGUUACGCAAAUCCGGCCCAAGAUGCCAGAGGAAUGCACACAAGACAGUUUAGCAGGGCGUUUGUGGUCGCCGAUUUAUCAAAAACAUUGUCGGUCGUCAUCGUCGAUGUUUGCAUGAUUUCACAAGCUGUUAGGCUGGAAGUACUGGAAAAACUGAACAAUCAGAUCGGACCGAUCUUCAGCGAGAAGAACUUGAUGUUGCUACCUACCCACUCGCACUCUUUGCCCGGCGGCUACCACACUUACUGGAUGUAUCAGAAGGCUUCACAGGGGUUCAUCAACGAAACCUAUCGUGUUCUUGUCGAUGGCAUCGCAAAUAGCAUCAUCUCUGCCUAUAAGAAGAUGGAACCAACUGACAUCUACGUCAACAGGAGUAAAUUAUUCGGUGCGUCAGUUAACAGGAGUCCCUACGCUUACUACAAUAACCCUCCUGAAGAAGUUAAAAUGUAUGGUGACGAAGAAACUGAGAAAACGAUGUACUUGAUGAAAUUUUUGAACAAGCAACAGAAAUUGUCCGGUCUUAUAGGUUUAUUUGGGGUGCAUCCAGUGAGUUUGAAGAACUAUAAUCACCUCGUCAGUACUGAUAAUCUGGGGUAUGCAGUUUUGAAAUUGGAACAACACCUCAAUCCUAACUCCUUCCCUGGAAAAGGUCCAGUAGUGACGGCAAUAGGACAGACAGUGCACGGAGAUUCAUCUCCCAACUUGAAUGGUGCAAGAUGUGUGAACACCGAUGAAUUCUGCUCCUACGACAACAGCACCUGUCCUGAGGAUGAAAACGAUCCCCGGUUGUGCACAGGAAGGGGACCAGACGGUGAACAGUUCAGAGAUUCUAAAAUCGUCGGAGAAAAAAUUUUUAUGCAUGCUAAAGUUAUUAUUAGUCGGUUCUUAGGAGAAAAAUUUGAGAAGUUGCAAGGCUGGAUAGAUUACGGACACCAGUGGGUCAAAAUGAGUCAAAUGGAAAUUAAAAUAGGAAAUAAGGUGCUUCAAUUUAUCCGAAGUUACCUUAAUAUCAUUAAAAGCGUAAACACAUGCCUGCCAGCCAUGGGCUAUAGUUUCGGAGCCGGAGCUACAGACGGACCAGCUUUGCCGCCAUUCACUCAAGGUAGUUUAGAGACUGUAGAUGCCAUUGAAAAAAUAACCGAUAAAUUCUUCAACAAAUCCAUUGAGGAGGAAGAAUGUCAUUAUCCGAAACCGAUCUUGUUACCAACCGGCCAAACCUCCAAACCAUAUCCAUGGCAACCCGAGAUACUUCCGCUUCAGAUCUUCAAAAUCGGAUCUUUGUAUUUGGUUGCAGUCCCGGCGGAAGUGACAACGAUGUCAGGUAGAAGAUUUCAAAGAGCGAUAAAAAAAGUUUUGAUAGAAAGUGGACAGCCAUCAAGUGCAGAUGUGGUUGUGGUCAGUCUGGCCAACUCGUACAGCAGCUAUCUUACCACUUUCGAAGAAUAUCAGGUACAAAGAUACGAAGGGGCGAGCAACAUAUUCGGCCCUCACGCGUUAUCUGCCUACAUACAAAAGUUCGAAAAAAUCGCCAGAGCUUUAGUCACAAACCAAUCACUGCCCGGCGGUCCAACACCUCCAGAUUUGAGGAGCAAGCAACCGGACGCGCUUGGUCAUUUGAAGCUGGACAUUCAACCAAAAGGAAUGUUCUACGGACAAGUUCUCGAAGAUGUCCACAAGAAUUAUUCUCAAGGCAGUACGGUCAAUGUGACUUUCUUGUCUGGAAACCCGAGGAACAACUUAAUGACCGACAUGACAUUUCUAGAAGUGCAGAAAAGUGAGAACAGCUCAUGGUCGACAAAAUAUUUGGAUUCCUCGUGGGAGACUAAAAUGUUUUGGAAGAGCGCAUGUCACGAUCGUCUACCAGGACUCACCGGAAAUUGUACAUUGAAAUCCCAACUAAGCAACGUUACAAUAUCCUGGGAGAUUCCACUUGACGAGGCUGAGGGGGUGUACAGGAUUGUUCAUCAUGGUUAUGCCAAUACUGGGACACUUGCCAUUAAAUAUAUUGGAUAUUCUAGCAGUUUCAAUGUUUCGUUGUAGGGUUGUUUAGUCGUAAAACUCACUCACUCACUCACUCACUCACUCACUCACUCACUCACUCACUCACUCACUCACUCACUCACUCACUCACUCACUCACUCACUCACUCACUCACUCACUCGCUCGCUCACUCACUCACUCACUCACUCACUCACUUAUUUUUACCGCAUUUUUUCGAUCAAUUGUUCCAUUGUAUGAAAAUGCUUUCACUAAUGGUUGCACCCAUACAAAAAAACGCCUUUCCAUUAAUUUUUAUAAAUUAAUUCAUAAAUCAUUAAUUUAUUUUUUUUACUAGCUUUUUCAUUCGUUCAUUCAUUCAUUCGUUCAAUCAUUCAUUUAUUCAUUCAUUAGUUCAUUCAUUCAUUCAUUCUUUCACUCAUUCAUCAAACUGACAAAAAUUAAAAAAAUUAAUAUUUCUAUCUAAAUUUAUUUUUACCUGGUUUAAAACACAUAAAAAUGUUCGUUCAAGACUUCAAGUGCAAAUUACAAAUUGUAAUAAAAUCGAAAUUAAUUACAUCUUGUCUGAAAGUUAAUUUUAAGCUUACUAUGCAAUUCGUCAAUUCAUACCAUAUCAUAAUUCACAUUCAAUCAUAAUUUACUUUAAUUCACGUGAGUUAACGUAACUUUAGGGUGAAUUAUGAUUUGAUGAUGAUUUGAUGAAUUAUAAAUUAAGCCAUGCAAUUAUAUAAUUACAUUCAAGUUUAUGGCGGGUACUAAAACUUUUCAGUUCAGAUUAUUUUAUAAUAGUAGCCAUUAGAAAUAAUGAAAUCUUAAA